AUGAAGAAACUAAUAACAUUUUUAUUAAUAGCAUUCUCUUUAGUAGCUGCUACUGAUAUUCAUAGGCCAAUAUAUAUAAUUGAGGAAUCUGUUUAACCUAGCUAAAUAAUCAAGUAAGAUGAAAUAUACGCUAUAGAUUUCGGUACUAUAUUCCAGUGCCAAGAUGAGAUCUCUAAUAACAAUAAAUAAUUGUCAUAAGAAGUUAUUGAAUAAAGUUUAAAAGAAUGCGAUAUGCUACACUCAAUUAGUGAAAAUAAAGAGUAAAGAAAUAUUGCUUAAGGUAAAAUGAAAGUAUGUUUUAAAAAAUUAUUUUAAGACUAACAAACUAAAGAGUAUGUCGCUCUUAACUAGUAUGUAGAUUGCCUAGUAAAUGAUACAGUUAAAAAAUAUAACAUUGAUAGGAUUGCAAAUAACGCUGAAAGUUCAAGUGAUGGAAAGAAAAAUUAAAAGAAGGGAUACUAGCAAAUCCAAGAUGAGUGCUCAAGCGAACUACUCAGUUUUGAUAAUGAAAAAGUUAUUGGAUUUUUUGAAGAGCUUGAUAAAAACUGUCUAAUCUAAAAAAAGGAAGUUUAUAUAAGAAUGAGAGUAUUAGAAGAGGCAUCAAAAGAAUUUGAUAUAUUAUUGGAUUGUAUAGAUUAAAUUUAAUCUAAGAAUACUGAAGGAAAACAAUUAAUUAGAGAAUACAUUACUUGCUAAUAAGAAAGUUACGUUCCAAAUACAAAAAGAAUAUCUACUCAGUACUUUAUUUGA